GAACACGAAUACCACUUGUAAUAGCGUACGCUACUUGUUAUAAGUUUUCUGCUGCAUAAGCUGCGCAACUUCACUAAGUCAAAAUCAAAAUAAACACUUUAAAAUGACUAGCAUAGAGGAACAUAUCGCCACAGCAGCAGCACUUGGUUCCCUACCCCUCUUAAUUUCUCCAUCAGGUGAAAACAUCCCUCUCUCAACUGGAUAUAUUCCUCUCCUCACAAACCAUACAUUAAAAGAAAAAUCCAGAAAGGAACCCCGAAAACAAAACAGAGAUGGCGAAAAGAGUUCUCCGAUAUACUUCUCAGCACUCGAACUCGUACGUGAUAAUCAGUUUUUGCUACUCGCCGGGCCCAGUGGAAGUGGAAAAACAACUUUCGCGAAACAUCUUGCUUUUCGCACAGCGACUACCACUACGGAAUCUAUUGGAGAUGGUUUUAUUGUGAGAAACAGUCCAACAGAUGUUCUGGAUGAGUCUUGGGAGUUUGAAGGCAUUGAUAUGAUACCUUGCUAUUUCUGCAUCUCUAGCGUUUCUCAGUUCUCGACAUUGCUUCAGGAAACAUUACCUCAGCUCAUUGGGAGCUGCAAGGAUAGUAGCAAGUCAUUUUGUCUAUUGAUCAUUCUUGAUUCUAUCGAAUGUCUUGGAGAAGACGGACCGUCACUUUUAAAAUCUAUAGUUCAUCUAAUCCAGUACCAGAAACAAGCGUCCGUAAAACUACUCGUCCUUGGAGAAAGUAGCGUUGUGAAAAAUUGGAUUUUGGACUCCAAAAUAACAAAACAUGAUAUAUCACCACUUUCUCAAGUCAAGAGACGCAUGUUCUUGCGAAAUAUCACCGGCAUAAAUAUUGAAUACACAGAUGUCGAGAUCGGAAUCGGUGAAGCAGCAAGUCUCCCAGCAUAUUUUGCACUCGCAUUAGAGACUUCUCACGGGGGAGAAAAAGCAGAGGAAUUAUUGGAUGAGUGGCUUCACGCCGUGCUUUCUGAGAAUUAUAACGAUAGAAGAAUUACACGAGAGGCACUGGAUCAUUCAAUCCGGGAAGCGGAGCAGGGCAUUCGAACUCCAUUUUCGUGUAGAUUGAAAAUCGCAAAUCCGGCGAUUUUCUCCAAAGCAAUACAACACUUACUAGCUGCACGACAACUUAUUGAAGAGGACGCACAAAUAGCCAUUGAUCUUUUUCAUCAAAAUCCCAUUUUGUCAGAACCGAUUAUUCGCAGCUGGUUGGUUCGCCUUAGAGAUGUAGGAAACCCAGAGCUACUUGCAUCGCUUGAAGGUCUGGUCGCGGGCUCUGGAGUAGAUGCGCAACUAGGCGCACUGUUAGUUUCGAAUUUCCUUCCUUGAUCCAGUCCACGGCAUCAACGAGUUUCCAAUCACAUACUCGCGAUUAUCAAAGAAGGCACAUUACCCAUCACCCAAAGAUUAAAAGCCGGACGUACACUCUCCCAGCUUGGAGAUCCCCGAGACCUGACAUCCCUCACUACCGUCCCUUUCAACACAUUCACAAUUGGUUCUUCUUCUCACCCGAAUUCAUCAUCUCCUUAUUCUAUCACCAUUCCCCCAUACUAAAUCGGCGUUUUCCCAGUUGUAAAUGGAGAUUAUGCAAUAUUCACCCAAGAGACAGGACGGAAAUGGAAUAGUCCAGAGAGUUCAUCCCCUUCUACAGAAAACUUCCCAGCUACAGAUCUUACCUGGUACGGUGCGCACGCGUAUUGUUCCUGGUUGACAACACGCUGGAAAGCAUCCGAAAAAAUUGCGCUCGAUGAGGAAGUCCGUUUACCGACUGAACCGGAAUGGGAAAUUGCUGCUCGAGGUUCUCAGACAUCUGGCAACGAAACAGAAUCAACGUAUGCAUGGGGCACAGAAAGGAACGCAGGAUAUGUUAAUUAUAAAGAUUUACUAUUGAACGAGCGUUGUACCGUCGGUUUAUUUCCUAAGAAUAUUUCUCCACAUGGAUGUUUCGAUAUGGUGGGGAAUGUAUGGGAAUGGUGCAAUUCAUUGUGGGGUGAAGAUUUGAAUACAUCAUCUCUUCCAUAUCCUUAUCAAGAAGAUGAUGGACGGGAAAAUGUGGAUGCAGAUGCGGAAAUCAGAAGGGUGAUAAGAGGAUGAUGUUUUCACAGUUCGAGGGAAGAGGCCUCUUGUACGUAUCGUGCAAGUCUUGAGUCGGAAGAAUGGAGGCGUGAUAAUGGUUUUAGAAUUGGGGUUGCGAAUAUACAAAGGUGAAUUGGAACUGCAUUGGAGGUGGGGGACUUAGAUGACUUUCUCUUGCUGCGCCAAAGAAUAUGAUAGUUAUUUUAGGCGUUGCGAUAAUCA